UGUAGACCUGGAGUGUCAAACUGAAUCCAAAAUAUACCUUAAAUGAUGGGUCGAACAUGAUAAACAUUUAUUGAACACAAUAAAACUACAUUUUUAAAACUUUAAAGUUGUAACUCUUUAGCAUAAUUGUGAACUAGAUAUUUAGCAUUACCUACGAUAAUGCUAGUGUAAAUGCUGUAGGCUGAAUUUGGCAGCUGAAGAUGCUGAAAUUGAUAGCUAAAAACACUGAAGCUGAUAAUUGAUAACACUGAUGCUGAUUGUUACCUAAAAUGUUACUUAAAUGCCAAAUUAGUCUAAAAACAAACAAAAAAAAACUUAGGUUAUGUAACCCAGUAGAGAAAAGCCCUUAAAAAAAGAUCUUUAUGAAAGUAUAAAAUUAGAAUAAAAUAGAUAAAUAUAAAUAAAAAAAGAAUACAAAUAUAUACUUUUAAAAAAAGGGUUAAAACUGUUUAAAGGUUUAAAGAUUCACUUUGUUCUGUUUUGUUUGAAGUUCUAUGAGAAAAAAGGGAAAUUGUGAACUGUGGAUUUUAUUUUCCAUUUCAUGGACUUUUAUUUUGAAAGAGGUCUUUUCCUGCUCACGCUGUCCAUGUGACUGGCAACCGCCAAUCCGGUUGUUGUUUAGCUGAGAGCUCCGGUUCUCUAGCGUAGCCUUCAUUGUAAGCUUAGCAGCCCGAGGGAGAAGACGAUGAGCGCAAUUUAUCAAAGUUUGAAACCUAUUUAUUUCAUUUUUACCUCGUGGUGAAGUUAUUUUUUGUUUUUCCACCUGUGUAGCCUGAAAAACAUUGUUUUGCUUUACCGAGCGGGACUUGGCCAUUAAGAUUGGGCCGAAAAAACUGACUGCCCAAUCCGGGAUCCAUGAGCGUGAAGAAAACAAGAUGGCGAGCCAACCCUGAACCUCUUGAAGUAGCAAAGGACCAAGCGCCCUCUGCUGGACACUUGACAACUCUUUUCAUCCUUUGGAACUGGAGAAAUCUCCUGAAGAUGUUUCCACGAUCCGGGAAAUCAAUCGUCUUCGACAACUUUCCAGAUCCGACCAGCACCUGGGAGAUCAUUGAGACCAUCGGGAAGGGAACCUACGGCAAAGUCUACAAAGUUCUCAACAAAAAAGACGGCAGUAAAGCGGCGGUGAAGAUCCUCGACCCCAUCCAUCUCUGCAAUGGCGGCUCUGUGACAGAUCUGGCCAAAGGGAUGCUGAAGAGGGGCGACAGAAUGGAUGAAGCCAUUAUAGCUUACAUUCUGCACGAGGCCCUCAUGGGCCUGCAGCACCUGCACAUCAACAAGACCAUCCACCGAGACGUCAAAGGCAACAACAUCCUGCUGACGACGCAGGGCGGGAUCAAACUGGUGGACUUCGGGGUCUCGGCUCAGCUGACGAACACCCGCCUGAGGAGGAACACGUCGGUGGGGACCCCCUUCUGGAUGGCUCCUGAGGUCAUCGCAUGCGAGCAGCAGCUGGACUCCACCUACGACGCCCGCUGCGACGUCUGGUCGCUGGGCAUUACCGCCAUUGAGCUGGGAGAUGGAGACCCGCCCCUUUCUGACCUCCACCCAAUGAGAGCCCUCUUUAAAAUACCUCGGAAUCCUCCACCCACCCUCCACCAGCCCGAGCUGUGGUCACAUGACUUCAACGACUUCAUCUCCAGGUGUCUGAUUAAGGACUUUGAGCUGAGGCCAAACGUGCUGGACCUCCUGCAGCACGUCUUCAUCAAGGCGACGGUGGGCAGAGAGAAGAUCCUGCAGAAGCAGCUCAUUGAACUCACCGACCUCAACCAGCAAAUGGGAGCGAUCGAAAAGACCAGCCAUCAUGGAAAGACAGACAGAAGCACAGACAGUAAUGACAGGCAUGAACGCAUCCACACUAAGAAAGGAGGCCACCUGAAGAUGCAGUCCGCCGCAGACGAGGUGGAAGACCUCGCCACCCUCGAAGCUCUAGAUGAGAACAUUGUGACAGAGCAGCUCCAGAGUCGAUACAGCAGAGAUCAGAUUUACACCUACGUCGGAGACAUCCUCAUCGCCGUCAACCCGUUCCGUACGAUGGAGAUGUACACGCCUCAGCACACUAAGAUGUACAUAGGAGCGAAGCGCACAGCGAACCCGCCACACAUCUUCGCUGUGGCUGACAUCGCCUACCAGUCGAUGGUGUCGUACAACACGGAUCAGUGCGUUGUGAUCAGUGGAGAGAGUGGAGCCGGGAAGACCGAGAGCGCUCAUCUGCUGGUGCAGCAGCUGACGGUUCUGGGAAAGGCCAACAAUCGGACACUCCAGGAGAAAAUCCUGCUGGUCAACAGCCUGGUGGAGGCCUUUGGAAACGCCUGCACCGUCAUCAACGACAACUCCAGCCGCUUCGGGAAGUACCUGGAGAUGAAGUUCACCUGCGGAGGGACGGUGGUCGGAGCGAAGAUAUCAGAGUACCUGCUGGAGAAGUCCAGAGUCAUCCACCAGGCCAUAGGAGAGAGGAACUUCCACAUCUUCUACUACAUCUAUGCUGGUCUGGCGGACAGGAAGAAGCUGGCCCACUACAAGCUCUCUGACAGCAAAACCCCAAAGUAUCUGUGUAACGAGCACAUCAAAUUAGGGCCGGACAUAGUGAGCAACGCCUUCUACAAGGAGCAGUUUGACGCGGUGGAACAGUGUUUCAAGGUCAUCGGCUUCACCCUGGAGGAGCUGGGCAGCGUUUACAGCACGCUGGCGGCCAUCCUCAACUCUGGGGACAUCGAGUUCUCCGCCGUGGCGUCAGAGCACCAAACAGACAAGAGCAACAUCACCAACAUGCCGGUGCUGGAGAACGUGGCCUCUCUGCUGCGGAUCCGCUCCGACGAGCUCCAGGAGGCCCUGACGUCUCAUUGCGUGGUGGCCCGGGGGGAGACGAUCGUCCGGCCCAACACGGUGGAGAAAGCGGUGGAGGUGAGGGACGCCAUGGGCAAAGCCCUCUACGGACGCCUCUUCAGCUGGAUCGUCAACCGGAUCAACGCGCUGCUGCGGCCCGACAGCCAGCUGGGAGAAGCGGAGAAAGGCCUCAACAUCGGCAUCCUGGACAUUUUUGGUUUUGAAAACUUCAAGAAGAACUCCUUCGAGCAGCUCUGCAUCAACAUCGCCAACGAGCAGAUCCAGUUUUACUUCAACCAGCACAUCUUUGCUUGGGAGCAGGACGAGUACCUGAACGAGGAGGUGGACGCUCGGAUGAUCGAGUACGAGGACAACCGGCCGCUCCUGGACCUGUUCCUGCAGAAGCCCAUGGGAAUGCUGUCGCUGCUGGACGAAGAGAGCCGCUUCCCGCAGGCCACUGACCAGACACUCGUAGAGAAAUUUGAAGAUAAUCUCAAGACAAAAAGUUUCUGGAGACCAAAGCGAGUCGAUUUGGGCUUCGGAAUUCAUCACUAUGCAGGGAAGGUGAUUUACAACGCCGCCGGCUUCUUGGCGAAGAACCGAGAGACUCUUCCGGCCGACAUCAUCCUGCUGCUGCGGUCGUCCGAGAACGAGCUCAUCCGGAAGCUCGUAACCCACCCUCUGACCAAAACGGGAAACCUGGCCCACACCAAAGGUAAAGGUGUGAGCACGAUGGGGGGCCCCCGGACUCCAAACCGGACCAUGAACUUCACUAAGCCGACCGACUGUGGAGAAACGCCGUAUCAUCCGAGGGAAACCACCAACAUGAAAACCCAAACCGUGGCCUCCUACUUCAGAUACUCCCUGAUGGACCUGCUGUCUAAGAUGGUGGCUGGGCAGCCUCACUUCGUUCGCUGCAUCAAACCCAACAACGACCGACAAGCCAACAAGUUUGAUCGGGAGAAGGUUCUGGUUCAGCUUCGGUACACCGGCGUUCUGGAAACCGCCAAGAUAAGACGGCAAGGCUACUCGCAUCGCAUCCUGUUUGCCAACUUCAUAAAGAGGUACUACCUUCUGGCUUUUAACGCUCACGAAGAACCGCCGGUGACUCCAGAGACGUGUGCGGCGAUAAUGGACAAGGCCAAGCUGGAGAACUGGGCGAUGGGGAAGACGAAGGUGUUCCUGAAGUAUUACCACGUUGAACACCUGAACCUGAUGGUGCAGCUGACCACGCAGCGGAUCGUCCUGCUCCAGGCGUGUGUUCGCGGCUGGCUGGGGGCCAGACGGUACCGGCGGAUCCUGAAGGAGCGGGAACAGAGCGCUCUGGUUCUGCAGUCAGCUUACAGAGGUCACAAAGUCCGGAGGAAGGUGGCUGAUGAUAAGAACAAAACAAAGUUUGAGGCUUUCAUCGUCCAGUUUCAGGCUGUUUGCAGGGGUUACAUUGCAAGGCAGAAAUACAAGGAGUUGGUGGACGAGAAGAACAAAGCAGCAACAAAGAUCCAGGCUCGCUACAGAGGCCACAAGGAGAGGAAGAGCUUCCAAAGAAAACGGGAGGCCAAAGAGAAAGCAGAGAAAGCUGCUAAAGAAAAGCAGGAAGCUGAGAAUAGUCCCUCAAACGAGGACGAGGAAGAAAAAGCUGCUGUGGUUCUUCAGAGCAACUUCCGGGGAUACAAAGAGAGGAAAAAGUUCAAGGAGAGGAAGAAAACUUUGGCUGGGGACGAGCUGGAGCUUCCAAACCAGGAAGGAGGUGGAGAGAAGGCGAAUAACAAGCAAGAAGACGUGGAUGAUGAGGAUGAAAGCACCUACGAAGCAGAAGAGAACGAUGACAGUGAUCACACUCAGGUGCCGGAGGAUGAGGAGCACACAGAGGUGGCCGAUGAUGCUGUGAUCCAGGAGGCUGACCACGGAGGAGCCGAAGAGGAAACCAAGGCGGCCACGGUCCUCCAGAGUAACUUCAGAGGCCACAAAGAGAGGAAGAGGCUGCAAGAGGAGGGAAAGAUUCCUGCUAAGAAACAGAAGGCAAAGGAGGAAGAAGAAACCAGAGAGCAGGAGGCAGAACCGGAACAAGACGAAGCCAAAGCAGCCGUGGUCCUCCAGAGCAACUUCCGCGGACACAAGGAGCGCAAGCGGCUCCAGGAGGAGGGAAAGAUCCCAAAGAAGCAGAAACCGGAGGAGAAGGUGGAGCUGACUGGAGAGGAGGAAGCAGAAAACCCAGCAGACCCGGAUGAGGAGAAAGCGGCUACGGUCCUGCAGAGCAACUUCAGAGGUCAUCGCGACCGCAAGAGGCUGAAGGCGGACAAGGAGAAGAAAGCCCGGAAGGACGGCGCCGGUCCCGAUGUGGAGGAAGAGAGGGGAGAGGUGGACGUUAAUGACGUGGAGAUCGAACGCAGGGACGAGGAAGAGGUUGAAAAGGAGCGGCAGGAGGAGGAGCAGGCUGCCGUGAAGAUCCAGAGUAACUUCAGGGGCUACAAAGACCGCAAGAACCUGAGGGCCAACAAGCAAGAGGCCCAGAGCCAAGCCCAGGAGUUUGAGCAGUUCUCCAAGGAGAUCGCGAAGGCUUCCCAGGACUUCCAGGCCCUGCAGCACAAACUGAAUGAGAUCAUCCAGGCCCAUCAAUCAAACCCUGAGAGCAACGGCAUGUUUGUGAGAGGAAAAGCAAUCAAUGGCUACGCUCCUCAUCAUCACCAAUCAGAUAAGCGAGUGUCACGAACGCCUCGCAGGACCCAGCAGCCAAAGACCCUGAACACACCCGAAGACUCCACCUACUACACGCUCAUCCACCGAUCCGUCCAGGACGACAAACGAAAGCCCAGGAAGGAAGAUCCAGGAAAACAGCUGGAUGUGGACGACCAGUACUACCGGACCUUAUCCACCAGCCGGUCCGAGCCCUCCAUCUCCACAGAGAGCGCGUCUCCCACAGGAUUCCCGGAGAGCAGAGCCUCUGCUGACCGGAGGCGCUCCGCGGAGAAGGCGGAGUCUGCGGAUCAGAGAAUGCCAGGUUCUGGUCGGCAGACGAGAGAACGGGCCGUAACCGAACCUGAGCCGCCCAGACCGUCCAGAGACAACAGGCGUUCUGUUCCCCGGAUGUCGUCCACCGAGAGCCGGACUGGAGACAACCCGUACGACUACAGACAUCUGCUGAGGAAGACUUCCCAACGACGAAGGCUGAUCAAACAUUACUGAACUCAACUGCAAUUUUGGGCCGAAUAAUCCACAUUAUGCAUGAAAACACAGAGUUUCACAGCAAUAAACUGUUUAUGAUGGUGAAUAGAAUGUACAGAACAAACCAAAUGAUGUAAAUGAAGGUCUGUUGUUUGAGAGUCUCUUUUAUGCCAUUAAACAUGUAGUGUUCUUUCAAAUGUCUGUUUCUGCAACAAAUACAUGACGUUUUUGUCCACUUUC